AAACAGGAGCGAGUGGGGCUAUCCCUAAACUUUUUGACAAUUGUUAUCUCGUCAUUCUUCUUUUAGCUGCACUUUGGAUCUUCGGCGGACAGAACGUGUACAGGCCGAUCUGAUCUUCAACUUCGUCGACCAUUGCUUAAAUUAUUACCCGCACCACUCAAGAAAUAACGAUGGCCCAGAGACGGAUGCUGACCGUGGCUGCCAUUGUGUGGAUGGGUUCCAUGGCAUUUGCACAGUGUCCAGGUAAUGCAGAUAGUCCCGGGGACUGUGAUUUCACCAACUACGACAGUCGUAAGGAGAUCCGAUGCGGUUCGAGUAACCUUGCAGCAAUUCCAAACAACAUUCCGGCAGAUACACAGAUUCUCCGACUUGAGCUCAACUGCAUCACGUCCAUCUCGGCAACAGAUUUGUCACACAUAGUGAACCUGAAGCAACUCACUCUGUACAAUAACUUGAUAUCUUCCAUCGACAUCAAUGCAUUUGAGAAUCAACGAGAUCUGCAGGUCCUCAACCUCAAAUACAACAGGAUAUCUUACAUUGACGGUCGCACAUUCAGAAACACUCAGAAGCUUACCGAGCUCAGCUUGGACAAUAACCUUUUACAGUCCCUGGAAAACAACACUUUUAGCAGUUUGCCAAAGUUGAAUGAGUUGGAACUUGAUGGAAAUCCAUUGCAGUCCUUACCCGAUGGUAUUUUCGAUGGCCUUACAAACUUGGGGCUCCUUGAUAUUUCAAAUAUUCUUUUCGAAGCGUUCCCUUCCACUCUCUUUAACGGACUGACAAACCUUGCCACUCUCAAAAUGAAUAACGUUACGCAAAAUGGAGAUCAGCUCUUCGGACGCGAUUUCAUCUUUAGUUCUGUUGCAAAUCUUGUAAGGCUGGAGCUUCGUCAGAAUUCAUUGGACUGCCUCCCUGGAUCUCUUGCCGUACUCCAGACUUUGAAAGUCCUUACACUAUCCAUGAACCCGCUAACAAGCAAUAACCUCACUGUACUAAACUACCUCCAGGAACUGGAGGAGCUGCACUUGGAUCGCACAGGCCUCAAGAAGUUAUCCACAGACAUGUUUGCAGGUAAUACGAAUCUUGUCUACUUGUUGAUAGAGUAUUCAAGUUUGUCUGAGGUAGAGGAAGGCGCGUUCACAGGACUAAGCCUAAUGGAAGAUCUGUACAUCUCUUCGAAUAACCUAACCACCUUGCCAGAUAACGUGUUUGACCCUCUUCCGAAUACUGUCAACUUAGAACUCGACAACAAUCCUUGGCAUUGUGACUGCCAGCUGAGAUGGAUCCUUAACUGGUUAAGUGUUUCGUAUGCUGGAAGCACACCCGAUGACCGCCAACCAGCGUGUGCAAGUCCUGACCGUCUGAAUGGUCAAGAGUUCUUAGACAUUCAGGAGACUGAGUACGCAUGCAUGCCUUACACUGACUUGAAUGAGACAAUGAGCUACACGGUUAAUGAAGGUCAAAAUUUCGUCAUGGAAUGUGGCGUCACAGGUGAUCCUCUGCCUUCUCUUCUUUGGUUAACGCCGGAUCACGUCGAGCUUCUUCCUAACACCAAUCAGAUCCCUUUUAGCGUUGACGCAGAAUGCACCUUGACCAUCAUACGAAUAACCAAGGAAGACGCUGGAACAUACAGCUGUACUGGAAGCAAUGCCGCUGGAGCGUUUAGCAUCCGAAACGUAGUUACUGUUUCAGGAACAGGGAAUAUGCCCAGCAUAUUAACAACGGUUUCGCCUGUUCAAUCAACGGCCACUACAAAUCAGAGUGCAUCUCGCCAGGGGGGAAAUGACUCGACAUUAGUGAUAAGUAUCGCCAUCGUGGCUUCCAUUGUAAUACUAGGUAUAGUCAUCGUGAUAAUCCUAGUUAUCCGCCGAAGGAACAAACGAAAGGAUCGUUUACAACAUAUGCCCGGAGGGGUUCUGUUCCGCAACGGCAGAGAAACACUACCAAGUUUGCCUUCGUGCACCCUCCCCCGUGACAUGACAAUGCCUUAUGCAACUGGCGAUGAUAGAUACGCGGACACCUUGCAGCGUCAACCGACAGGAACUUCGUUCGACCCACCGCCACCUUAUUCCACCAUCUUACCCCCAGGAAACGACGAGAUCUACCAAGAGAUCAGAGGUGAUGAUGAUCUGUACGAGAAGCCCCGAGGUCCUGGCGAUAUGUCUCCUGCAUCAUCGGUCAGACUAGGCCACACCUACAUGCCAAACGUGAUCCGUCAAGACUCGUGUAUGUCAACCGGAAGUUGUGGCGCCCCUGCUGGGUACGAACGAUCGAUGAUCCGGGAUGAUGGAAAACCAAGAAGUUUCACCUCCUCGUCGAAUUGUGGGCCAGCGGUUGCUUAUGACCCGUCGUGUAAGGGCGCACAGAGCAAUCUCUAUGUUGCGAUGAAUGAUGACAAGGAGAAGAACGCACAGAAAGAAGUAGAAGACAACGAAGUCCAAGAAAGACUCCCCGAUCUUACCCCACUUGCAAAAGCGAUGUACGAAAAUGCUAGACGAACGUAGCAUAUUGGGUAAUUGAUAUCUGUAUCAUAUCCGACUCUAAAACAAUAAUCAUGCAAUAAAUCAUUCCCUUUAAAUAUUAUUCGGCGUUCUAGCGGGUUGCUCUUAUGGGGGCCUCUCUUUUUUUAUUAGGGAUAUACUCCAGAGUGAAAACAAUAUGACAUUAAUAAAGUAAAUUCAUAGGUACAAGUCAACAUUUCAAAGGUCUAAUCUAAAAAAUUAAAUCCUGAAUUAUGAUGUGUGAUAUCGUUCAUCGGAAAAUGACAUUUAUAUAGCGCUAAAUAUUUUGCGUAUUUAAGCGUUUAAUAUGAGCUUAUUAUCUGGGUCCUCGGAUCAUGGCAAGGUCGCCCACAAUGUAUGUAUUUUUUCCACUCUCUGCAUGGGGAGCAUUCCAACAAGAGUCCCAAGAUUCAAUGGUUGCAAGACAUGCUACAUAGGGUUUCUCAUCAAGUCGGGUACUCG